AUGCUCUCGGACAGCUUGGACACCCAGCCAUCCACCAAGGGCAGCCCCUCACGGGCGGCCCCUCCAGCAGGAGGUCCCUUGACUCACAAGGACCCUACUUUGUGUCCCUUGGUGCAUGCAACACCCGAGGAGGGGCAGGAGAGAGGGGCCAAGACAACCCUCACCGGCCCCAGACAAAAUGAACAUUUCCUGCCAGACCUAACUGGCCUAGACCCAGCAGACCUAACCGGCCUUGACCCAGCAGACCUAACCGGCCUUGACCCAGCAGACCUAACCGGCCUUGACCCCGCAGACCUAACCGGCCUUGACCCAGCAGACCUAACCGGCCUUGACCCAGCAGACCUAACCGGCCUUGACCCAGCAGACCUAACCGGCCUUGACCCAGCAGACCUAACCGGCCUUGACCCAGCAGACCUAACCGGCCUUGACCCAGCAGACCUAACCGGCCUUGACCCAGCAGACCUAACCGGCCUUGACCCAGCAGACCUAACCGGCCUAGACCCAGCAGACCUAACCGGCCUAGACCCAGCAGACCUAACCGGCCUAGACCCAGCAGACCUAACCGGCCUUGACCCAGCAGACCUAACCGGCCUUGACCCAGCAGACCUAACCGGCCUUGACCCAGCAGACCUAACCGGCCUUGACCCAGCAGACCUAACCGGCCUAGACCCAGAAGACCUAACCGGCCUAAACCCAGCAGACCUAACCGGCCUAGACCCAGCAGACCUAACCGGCCUUGACCCAGCAGACCUAACCGGCCUAGACCCAGCAGACCUAACCGGCCUAAACCCAGCAGACCUAACCGACCUAGACCCAGCAGACCUAACCGGCCUAGACCCAGCAGACCUAACCGGCCUAGACCCAGCAGACCUAACCGGCCUAGACCCAGCAGACCUAACCGGCCUAGACCCAGCAGACGUAACAGGCAUAGACCCAGCAGACCUAACCGGCCUAGACCCAGCAGACCUAACCGGCCUAGACCCAGCAGACCUAACCGGCCUAGACCCAGCAGACCUAACCGGCCUAGACCCAGCAGACCUAACCAGCCUAGACCCAGCAGACCUAACCGGCCUAGACCCAGCAGACCUAACCGGCCUAGACCCAGCAGACGUAACAGGCAUAGACCCAGCAGACCUAACCGGCCUAGACCCAGCAGACCUAACCGGCCUAGACCCAGCAGACCUAACCGGCCUAGACCCAACAGACCUAACCGGCCUAGACCCAGCAGACCUAACCGGCCUAGACCCAGCAGACCUAACCGGCCUAGACCCAGCAGACCUAACCGGCCUAGACCCAGCAGACCUAACCGGCCUAGACCCAGCAGACCUAACCGGCCUAGACCCAGCAGACCUAACCGGCCUAGACCCAGCGGACCUAACCGGCCUAGACCCAGCAGACCUAACCGGCCUAGACCCAGCAGACCUAACCGGCCUAGACCCAGCAGACCUAACCGGCCUAGACCCAGCAGACCUAACCGGCCUAGACCCAGCAGAUCUAACCGGCCUAGACCCAGCAGACCUAACCGGCCUAGACCCAGCAGACCUAACCGGCCUAGACCCAGCAAGCCUAACCGGCCUAGACCCAGCAGACCUAACCGGCCUAGACCCAGCGGACCUAACCGGCCUAGACCCAGCAGACCUAACCGGCCUAGACCCAGCAGACCUAACCGGCCUAGACCCAGCAAACCUAACCGGCCUAGACCCAGCAGACCUAACCAGCCUAGACCCAGCAGACCUAACCGGCCUAGACCCAGCAGACCUAACAGGCCUAGACCCAGCAGACCUAACCGGCCUAGACCCAGCAGACCUAACCGGCCUAGACCCAGCAGACCUAACCGGCCUAGACCCAGCAGACCUAACCGGCCUAGACCCAGCAGACCUAACCGGCCUAGAUCCAGCAGACCUAACCGGCCUAGACCCAGCAGACCUAACCGGCCUAGACCCAGCGGACCUAACCGGCCAAGACCCAGCAGACCUAACCGGCCUAGACCCAGCAGACCUAACCGGCCUAGACCCAGCAGACCUAACCGGCCUAGGCCCAGCAGACCUAACCAGCCUAGACCCAGCAGACCUAACCGGCCUAGACCCAGCAGACCUAACCGUCCUAGACCCAGCAGACCUAACAGCGAGGUUCUGGCUGUUAGGCACAUCACAAGACUGUCGGAGUACGUGA